GUCCCGAACCCGUAUAUUUUAGAAUCUACUCAUGGCAGCGUGGAUGGGUGGCCUGUGACGUUGGUCCAUCCUGAUCCUCACCCAGGCACAAUCCUCUUUGACGGCAAACGGAAAUUGGCAGCCGUCAUGGGAUGGGAGAAUGCAGUGCUGAUACCAGCGCCGCUGCGAAAUCUUCCAGUGGCGCUGGACUAGGCGAUGCAACUGUACGGAGUGACAGAUGCCAUUGACCCUAUGCAAGUGAACGUGCUUGAGGCGUUGCCUAUUCGCAAAGAGCGAGUACUACUGACGAUGCAGGAAUGGGCGAAGAGAAACGUCUCUGAAUCAUUGGAACCUGUGAUGAAUUUCCAAGGAGGAGUCGAUGCCUCUUUUCAAGCAUUGAAGAUAGCCUGCGAAGAUAUGAUGCGGCAGCGAAGUAUAGACUGGAUUGAGCGUGUCCAUUCCCAGCUUGUUGCCCGCUCGUGAGGAGUUGAAUAUCGCCGGCGCCAUGGUCCCACGGGCAGAGAAAGGUAGGUCAAGUCUUGUGAGCCCAGAAGGCUUGGACGGGAGGAUAGAAAUUCAGACAACCUAACAAUUUCACAACCAUGCA